UAUAUGUCCGUCUCCAAUAGACACUGUUUUGGACCUAGGAUCGUUAACCUGCUGGUGAAGCGGAGAGCAUACAUUUCUUGACUGAUCACAGAUAAAACAAAACAGAAUGGGGUGCGGAUCAUCCUCCCCAACAGCUUCAACACCUGUAAAAAACAGAGACAGGGGCGGAGUGCUUCAGACGUCCGAAGUUACAGAGGAGGACUUUAAACAAACUGUAACACAACCACAAAAAAUUGUGGCACAACCACAGAAAACAGCACCGCACAGCAAUGGAGCGAUAAAACCAGCUAAUAAUACAAAAACAAACCAUUUGGUAACAGUAAAUGGUACAUCUGAAAAAGACCAUAAAACGUCGUCCAAGAAUUCAAGCAAGGAUGAACUUUUGGUCGAAAAUGUGGAGGAAGUGACAGGCAGCAAUGUAAUUCCAAAGCCAUCAAGGAAAAAGAAAACACAAAUUAUUCCGAAUUCCGAAAUGUUUAAAGCAAUAGACAGUCAUGUUGCAAGGACACCAGCCUCUGUGUGUAAUUCUAUUGCAACUCUGGCAGAGUAUCUCAUCAAGCCAGCGAACACACCUCUGGAGAGAGCAAGAGCUAUCCACAAAUGGGUUACAACUAAUAUAAUGUAUGAUAUAGAUGGAUACAUGGGAAGAAGUGAUAAAAAGUCAUGUGAUUCUGGGGAUGUUUUGAAGAACCGCUCUAGCGUAUGUGCCGGAUAUAGUAAUCUCUUCGAAUCCCUGUGUCGAUGUGCCCAUAUACCUGUUAUGGUAAUCUCUGGCUAUGGCAAGGGAUUCAGUCAUAAUGACAAGGAGGAUGUGGACAUCUCUAAUCUGAGCACCAACCACGCAUGGAAUGCCAUAUUUCUUGAAGGAGAAUGGCGGCUUCUUGAUUGUACAUGGGACGCAGGCUACGUUGAUGGCAAGUCAUUUCAUUGGUACAAACGAGAUUAUUACUUCCUUAUGGAUCCAGAGUAUUUCAUCAGCUCACACCUGCCUUUCCUAAACAAAGAUCUUAAAGCCAGUGAACCAUGGCAACUACUGGAUAAACCUGUAGGUCCAAAAACAUUUUUCAAAUCAUUAAAACUGGAGGACGGUUCGGUGAAUUAUGGGAUAUUUCCUCUGACUCAUAAAGAAACUGUAGUUCCUGUUAAAGGAGAAACGUGUAUAGAAAUUCAGAAGUGUGUUCCUGGCGACAUUGUGGAUACUUUGAUAUCAUUUACAGACGAUGAAACUAAGAAGGAAUACCAGCAAUGUGUGGCCACCGAAAAAUCCGAAAAUAACGUCAUAAAAUUCCACGUCCGACCACCCAAACCUGGCAUUUACAAAUUGAACAUAUUUGUAAAUGCACCUGAAGAAGAGAAAAAAUGGCCACAACUUUUUAAAUACGUCAUUAACUGUAUUAGCGCUCUGGAAAAUUUGGUAUUAUAUCCCAACCACCGUCAAUUAUAUGGUCCAAAGCAUGGAUACAAAGAACUGGGAUUUGACAAAGGUAUAGAGGAGAAAUCAAUCUAUUCAACCAACUCAGGAGAAAUAGAGAUUAUCCUACCAACCUUGAGACAAAUGUCUGUAUUAUGUACUCUAGAGAGUCAAGACUCGUCUAAAAUACAGAAUGCUGUAUUUCAACAAUCAACUGCAAACUCAGUCUCCUUAUCCACCAGACUUCCUACAACAGGAAAUUAUAAGCUUACUGUCUUUGCACCAAAAGAAAAGGAACACGUGGUAGCUAUCACCUAUAUGAUUCAAUGCACCAAUGUUCUCAAUGAAUUCAAGCCGUAUCCUGUUGUAUAUGGAGUUGUCUCGACAAAAUAUCAAAUCAUUCUUCACGAACCAAAAGUCAAAGGAAUACCCGCCAACACCCCUGUUGUUUUCAAAUUUUCGUCUCCCGUUCUAAAAUCUGUACAAAUUGGAACAAAAGUUUUCUUGAAAGAAGACGAUAGUGACGUUUGGGAGGUUACUUUUGACACCCCCGAUUCUGGGGUUCAGGUGAACCUGUUUGGAGGAGCUGAAGAGCAAGGAAAGAGGGAUGGACUAUUCGGAUUUCUAACAGCGUAA